AUGAUCUAUAUGUUAUUUUGUUCUAUAGACUUAUUACUGAAUACCUCCUACUGUCUCAUAACAUUUUAAAGUGGAUAUUUUUAGACAUUCUAUAAGUGGAUAUGGGAAAAAAACAACAUAUUAUUUGCUUUUUUAACUCCAAAUCAAUCAUUCUAGAGCACAAUUAAAUUUGCGUCAAGAUUUACCAAUAUUCCAGAAGUAUUCAUUAUUACUUAAGUUUUUGAUUUGGAUUCUGGAAGUGUUUAAGGAUAUUGGUUUUAUAUAAUGGAUGUAAUAAGAUCAGGUGAAUUUUAAUUUUAUAAUGUUAGGUUUUACAGUCAAAAUAUAAGUUCCAUAUUCAACGCCUUAUAAAGGAAUUGGAUUCAGAUAAUGUUCAUAGAUGACUUAGGUCGAAAAGUGGUUUCAAGGUUUAAUUAAUUUAAUCCAGUUAAUGGAAUUUUUAAAAUCUCUCAUUCAAAUCCAAACUUUGUUAUAGGAAUUUUUUCUUUGAUAUGUAUAGAAUGUUAAGGUUCGUUCAAUUAUCAAAUAUAUGUAUACUUAAUGAUAAAAAUCUAGGUGUCAAAAGUGACUAAUACUGAUUGUACUUAAAUUGGAUACUAAAUACUUCUUGGUACUAAAGAUGCUUUUUCUAUUAAAGGAACUAUAUAUACUACUUCUUUUCCAUCAUAUAUUGAAUCAUUCAAUUUUGAAACAGGAUAGGAAAAUUCUUAAUUAUUAGCAUAUUUUUAAGGGAUUUUGUAUCUAUAAGGAAUUACAUUUAGAUUAAGAAUCAUUAGAGACAAUUAUGUAGAUAGUUAGACUAACUACCAAAUUGAACUAUGUAUAUAUAAAUUUAAGGGGCUUGAAGUGUUUUAUAAUAAGUUUAUCAUCAAUAUGGAGCGAUAAGAACUUAGUGGGAUGAAGGGUUUUAUUAAAGUUUUAAAUACUAUAAAAUAUUUGUAUCCAAAAAUUUUGAUGUAAAUAUAGAAAAAAUGUUAAAUUCAUUUGAAUUUAUAAUUCCAGAGCUCAAUUUUUCAACUAAAAUUUAAGGAAUUUUUAACUCUGAUAUUAGUAUUUCUAUAACAGAUUUAACAUUAAUUUUUUCAAGAAAAUGUAAAUAAGGAAAAAAAAAAAAAUGGUAGUAGUGCCUAAAAAUGA